UCUUCGUUUCCCCUCUUCUUCUCUUCAUCCUUAAACCUCUCCGUCUCCGCCGUAAACCUCCACAUCCAACUCCUCAGACAAACGGAGCAAGCUCAUUAACAUCUCUCUCUCUCUCUCUCUCUCUCUCUCUCUUACGAAGAGACGACCAAAUGUGGCUCCAUCGGCCACUGCUCAGCAGAGCUUCCAUUCAACUCCGGUUCUUCUCCCAGGCAGCAGCAGCUGCGAUCCUCCACGAACCCGAAGUCCCUCUCACAUAUCUCGAGGAGUUCCCCAAACCAGACCCAAAGUACGCCGAGACGAUACUCGCGAUCCCUCGCUCCACAUCCGGGAAGAACAUAUCAGCCAAGGAGAGAAAAGUCGGUCGGGUGCCCAGCAUCGUCUUCGAGCAAGAAGAUGGCCAACACGGCGGCAACAAGAGACUUAUCUCUGUCCGGACCAAUCAGAUCAGGAAACUAGUCAAUCAUCUAGGUCGAUCCUUCUUUCUUUCAAGACUCUUCGACCUCGAGGUUCGCUCAGAAUUCGACUCAGACGAGAUCAUUGAGAAAGUCCGAGUUUUGCCUCGAAGGCUUCAUCUCCACUCGGGAACAGAUGCGGUAUUAAAUGUCACAUUCUUAAGGGCUCCAUCAAGUGCAUUAUUGAAGAUCGAAGUUCCUCUUGUAUUUAGAGGAGAAGAUGUGUGUCCUGGAUUAAGAAAAGGGGCUUACUUGAAUACUAUACGGAGGACAGUACGGUACCUUUGCCCUGCUGACAUUGUGCCACCAUACAUUGAUGUUGAUCUGAGUGAGCUGGACGUUGGUCAAAAGCUGGUAAUGGGAGACCUCAAAGUUCACCCGGCACUACGGCUUAUACAGUCAAAAGAUGAACCUGUUUGUAAGAUUAUGGGUGCAAGAGUUGAGCAACCAAAGAAAUCUAAAUAAGUUUACUUUUGUGGACUUUUACAAAGUUGGGACCAAGAGUUGGGAUCUGACCAGGUAUUUGUUUUCCUGACUGCAUGAGCUGGAAGAUUUGACAGCAAUGGUGCUAUUUUGUUCCCUUGUAUAAAGAAAUAAUUGACUAUCCGAAAAACUAAGUUAACUUUUGUUCUUGUUUAUCUUUUAUUCUGAUGUGUUGACUUUGUACUCCCAACUCACAAGAUAACUAUCCAAGCUGCUGCUUAAUUUGUUUAAUCUCAUUUGUCAAUUGAUCAUUUGUAUUUUCUUUACAAAGAGCAAAUUUGUUUAUGUUUCUA